AUGCUGGGAAAUGUUUCUCUACAAUCCGCAAAACCAAAAGUUGGUGGAAUUCCAGCCAUAACUGGAGAAUUAGAUUAUUCAAAAGCAUUCCAUAUAUUCCCAGAACUGUUACAACCAUUCAGAAAUAGUAUCUUAGCAUAUUCCGCAUCUUUAUUAUCUACAACCGCAGGAUAUCCUGUUGAUUCAUGUAAGAGUAAAUUUCAAGUUGAUAAAAGUUUUAGUGGAUAUGGAGAUGUGAUUGCAAAGACAUAUGCACGAGAAGGAAUUAGAGGAUUUUUCAGAGGAAUAAUGGCUCCAUUGAUUUCUACUUCAUUUUCAAAAUCAAUAAGUAUUUCAAUCUUCACUGCUGUUAAACCAUAUACUUAUACCGCCUUGUAUGAAUCGAGAUAUAGUCAUAAGAGUGGAGAACCAAUGCAUCCGUUUCUUCGAAAUAUACCAGUAUGUUUCAUUUCUGGUGCUGUGGCCGGUGGGGCGGUUUCACUCUUUGCUUGUCCAUUCGAAUUCACAAAGAUAUAUGCCCAAUUACAAAAAUUGUUGUUAAACACCACGUUGACAAAUGUACCGAAAUCGAUGAGAACCAUUAAUCGAGAAUGGGAAACUACUUCAACUCGACAUAUGGCUCAACAAAUUGUUAAAUAUGAAGGAUUAGGUGGAUUAUAUUCCGGGUUUAGAUAUCAUCUAUUAAGAGAUUCCGUAUCUACUGGAUUUUAUUAUUCAAUAUAUGAAUCAAUGAAAUGGAUGACUAAUUACUUCAUAAAUAAAGAUCCAUCAAUCGUAUCUCCGGUUUCAAUCUUGCUUGCAGGUGGGAUAUCGGGUGUUUUUAGUUGGAUAUUGAUAUAUCCUAUAGAUACAACCAAGACAUUAAUCCAGAAAGAUGUGGUCACUAAUAUCUUAAGAAGAGAACAGGGGUUGGAUGCAUUACCUCCAAAACAUCGAAAAUUGCAAAAAUUUGAACGGAGAUUAUAUAGAGGGUUGGGGAUAUCUGUUUCAAGAUCAUUUGUGGUCAACAUGGUCUUCUUUUAUGCAUUUGAAGUUGGAAUGACAUAUCUUGCAUAG